AUGUUCAUUAGAUCCUGGACACUCCCCGAAUCGAUCGUCAACUCCUCCUCCCUCACCACCUUCAUCGCCAGCAAGGCGAACGUUGCUGGCCAGAUCCCCGACUUCUUCGCCUCCCUCCCGAAUUUCCAGACCCUCCGGCUGUCGUACAACAACUUGACGGGCCCUUUGCCGGACUCGUUCGCUAAAUCGGGAAUACAGACAUUAUGGCUCAACAACCAGAUGGCGGGCCUUUCGGGCCCGCUUUAUGUCCUAAGGUCCAUGACCCAGCUGCAAACCGUCUGGCUCCACGCGAACCGGUUUUCGGGCCCGAUCCCGGAUCUCUCGGCCUGCACCGAGCUGACCGAUCUCCAGCUGCGUGACAAUACACUAACGGGGAUCAUUCCGGAUUCACUCGCGAAGCUCCCGAAUCUCCACACUGUGGGCCUGCAGAACAAUAAGUUCCAAGGCCCAAUGCCUGCUUUCCCGCAGGGAACCCAAGUUAGCCUCGGGACGACUAACAACUUCUGCCUAACGUCGCCAGGCCCGUGCGACCCACAGGUGACAGCUUUACUCGAGGCGGCCCACGAUAUUAACUACCCGUCUGCUUUAGCCGAUUCGUGGAAGGGCAACGAUGCCUGCAAGCAGUGGAAUUUCGUGACGUGCGAAAAGGGUAGUGUGACUGUCGUGAAUCUCGGGAAACAAAACUGGACGGGCAUGAUUUCACCAUCCUACGCAAACCUGACGAGCUUAAAAUCGCUGUUUCUGAACGAUAACAAUCUGUUCGGGACAAUACCCCAAAGCCUCACAACGCUAACCCACCUCCAGAUGCUCGACUUAUCAAACAACAACAUUUCGGGGAAAAUCCCGUCUUUCGCGCAGACAGUGACGAUUAAAGUCUCAGGGAAUGUGUACAUUGGGAAGGACGUGUCGAUCACCUACCCGCCAGGCUUCCAGCCCGACAUGGACGGUGAAAGUAAAGAAGGGUUCAACUCGAAAGUCUCUCCGUGGGUGAUUGUGAUCCCGAUUGUUGUUUUAGUCAUCGUACUCUCAGUCAUGUGUGCCAUAUUCUACAAACGGUAUAUGAACAAGAGAAGGAACAAAUACACGUGGGUGAGCGAGAAGAGCAGGAAAAAAAGUGAGAAGCAGAUAAUCGGCAAUGCGGAACAAGAAAAGGAUAUGAUCAAAAGCCUCUUCUCAAAGUCCAAGUCCAAGUCCAAAUCAAAAUCCGAAUCCUCUAGCCACGCAGCUGAGACCCCGGUUCGAAUGAGCGAGUACCACAUAAAUGACGGUGGGAAUAUAAACAUCCCGUUCGAGGCUCUACGGGAGGCCACCAAUAACUUCGACGAAAGGGCCGUGCUGGGGAAAGGCGGUUUCGGAAUAGUGUACCGUGGGAAGCUUCAUGAUGGCACGUUGAUUGCAGUCAAGCGGAUGGAGUCAUCUAUGCUUAGUGACAAGGGCUUGCAUGAAUUCAAGGCAGAGAUUGAGGUCCUCACAAAGGUGAGGCACCGGCAUUUGGUGGCCCUGCACGGGUUUUGCGAUAACGGGAGUGAGAGGCUCUUAGUGUACGAGUGCAUGCCUCAAGGGAGCUUGGGGCAGCAUUUGUUCCAAUGGAAGGAUAUGAAAGUGCCCCCACUCGACUGGAACCAGAGAGUGACGAUAGCUUUGGAUGUUGCAAGGGGGGUUGAGUACCUGCACAGCCUGGCCCAGCAGAGCUUCAUACACAGGGACUUGAAGCCGUCGAAUAUAUUGCUGGGGGAUGAUAUGAGGGGAAAGGUGGCGGAUUUCGGACUGGUUCGGUCAGCGCCGGAUGGGAAUUACUCGGUCGAGACGCGGUUGGCGGGGACGUUCGGUUAUCUUGCGCCGGAAUAUGCAGCUACAGGAAGAGUUACCACGAAAGUAGACGUGUACGCUUUUGGGGUCAUCCUCAUGGAGAUAAUCACGGGCCGAAAAGCCCUAGACGACUCGUUGCCAGACGAACAAAGCCACCUCGUCACAUGGUUCCGCCGAAUGAUACCCGACAAAGACGCCGUACGGUCGGCCCUCGACCCUGUCCUCCUUUCCCUCCUUGACGAGGAGAAUUUCUCCAGCAUUUUGAAGGUGGCAGAGCUAGCGGGCCACUGCACGGCCCGGGAGUCCUAUCAAAGGCCCGAUAUGAGCCAUGCUGUCAGCGUGCUCUCGCCUCUUGUGGGGAGAUGGAAACCGGCUGCCGAUGAUGAAGAUGAGGACAGCCUGGGGUUUGAUAUAAACAUUGGCCUCCCACAAGUGUUGCAAAAAUGGGAAGCUACAGAGGAAUCUUCUUCUACAAUGUCAAAUAGUUUCUUCAAUAGUAAUACGAACAAAGGCACCAGCUCAGCCAGCUCUGAUAUGAGAUGA